AUGUCAGAUCCUGUCCAGCAAUGGAAAGCCAUUGGCGUUGUUGGCGCCGGUAGCAUGGGCUCCAUGAUGACUUUUGCCUUUGCCGAAUUGGGCCUCGACGUGUCCGUCUGGGAUAUCGAGGGCAAAAACGUGGACAAAGUGAUGAAUUACGUGAAAAGCUCAAAGCAGCAAUUCAAAGGGAAAAUCGUUGGUUUCAAAAAUAUCGACGAAUUCGUCCAUAGCCUGGAAGGCAACGGAGGAAGAAAACUGUUCAUGUUCUCCAUUACGCAUGGAAAUCCGGCAGAUUCGGUUUUGGCUCAGAUCAAGAAAGACUUGAAGAGAGGCGACAUUAUCCUUGAUGGUGGGAAUGAAUAUUAUCGUCGAACGGAGAGACGCCAGGAGGAGCUGAGGCCUUUGGGUGUUAGCUGGAUUGGUAUGGGCGUGUCGGGAGGAUACCAGUCUGCUCGACGAGGUCCAAGCCUAUCCCCAGGUGGCGACAGGCAAGCCAUCCAAGAAGCUCUGCCAUUUCUGGAGUUGUAUUCUGCCAAGGACAAGAAGACUGGUAAGCCUUGCGUGACAUACAUCGGUCCGGGUGGGUCUGGUCAUUAUGUGAAAAUGUGUCAUAACGGAAUCGAAGGGGGUAUGUUGUCAGUCGUUUGUGAAGCAUGGGCAAUUCUGCAUAAUGGCCUCGGCAUGAGCUACGAUGAUAUUGGAGACGUGUUCACUCAGUGGUCAAAGAGUGGUGAGCUCCGGAAUACGUUUCUCCUUGACAUCGGUGCGGAUAUCUGCCACCGAAGGAAGACUGCCGAAGGAGAUGGUAGAGGUGAAGGUGUCGAUCCGGCGGGUGGCUAUGUGCUAGACGAUUUUCUUGACAAAGUCGUUCAAGACGAUGACAACACUGAGGGAACACCGCUGUGGUCGAUCAUGGAAACAGCGUUUAGACACGUUUCAGCACCAACCAUGGCUGCUGCUCAUUAUCUCCGGAUUUCUAGCGGGAAUCGUGGUCAACGAAUGCGAGUCGCCAAAAAGCUCGACUUCCCUCCAUCAAAGCCGCUGCAAGUCAAGGACAAGAAGGCAUUCAUCGAAACUCUACGACGCGCAGUCUACGCAUCGUUUUUAUCUUCCUAUUGCGAGGGCCUGGAGCUGAUCGCCCGCGCAUCAGCCGACGAGAAAUGGAAUGUUGAUCUCGGAAAAUGCAUUCAGAUCUGGCGAGCGGGCUGCAUCAUCCAGUCUGAGGCGAUUGCCGACAUGCUCCAGCCAGUUCUAGCGCAGGACGUCCAAAUCAUGAAUAUCAAACUGAUCGACGAGGUAUCGAGAGACUUGCACGCCAACUACGACGCUUUGAAAGAGAUUGUUCUUCGGUGUGUUGAAGUGGAUGCGUAUGUACCAUGUCUGUCGGCGUCAUUGGAGUACCUCAAGUAUGAAAGCAGCGUGAUGCUGCCAACGCAGUUCAUGGAGGCUGAAAUGGAUUAUUUCGGGUCACAUGGAUACUGGAAGCCGUGCAAGCCGGGCGAGGAUCCGGGCAAGGUCAAAAAGGGGCCGCACCAUUAUGAGUGGAAGCCGGCAACAUAG